AUUCCCAGACAUGCUUUCAAACAUAGCACCAACGUCCAGAAAGCGGGAGCCUCAAGGUGAACUCGGUUUUACCGAGCAAGAGCUUCUAUAUAUAGCAAGUCAAUAUGGAAAAGAAUGGAAGCAUGUUCUCAUAACGUUAGGUUUAAAGUCGCACGAGAUUGAACAAAUACAGUCAACUAUAGAAGGUCAUGUCGAUCAAAUGCAUGAAGGACUACUAAAAUGGCAAAGAAAAAUAGGAGAAUGUAAAGGCAUAAGAGACAUCUUGUUCGAAGCAAUUAUGGAAAACGGACGGAAAGAUGUUGUUGAUGACUUCAAAAGGAAAUAUUUUGUAUUCGAACCAGAAAGUAAGAAAAAAGCAUACAGUGAUAUGAAUGAACCUGUUCCAACUAAUAUGAUGCCAGCUGAAAAAUGCAUUGUAGCUGGGCUGCGUAAGAUCGCUCAACAAUCGACACUAGAUUUUUCACAGUCAGAACGAAACCGUCUUUGUCCCUUAAGGGUGAUGAUAAAAGCUGUUUCGAAAGUUACCGGAAUUGUCGAGGAAGAUAAUAAUAAGAUUUUCGUGUUGUUUUAUGAUGGAUUUACAUGCCUUAAAGGUGUAGCUUUCGGCAAAGCAGCAAUGAAAGUGAAGGAAUUUUGUGAGAAUGAUGCUGAGGUAAUUCUUUCGAACUAUGGUGUGAAGUCUGCCGAUCAAACAUAUACAAGAACAAAAUUCGAGAUACGACUACGCCAAAGUACAAGCAUUAAAAAAUGUAACGAUAGGCAGAUAGAGUCAGUUGCUGAAAAACGAUAUAAUAUAGAGCAGCUACAAAACCGAAAAAUGGAAAAAAUGUUUGCAUCUUCUCAACCUGUAAUUAUAACAGCGAUCGGCGACAGUAAUAGACAGGUAGAGAAAUAUCUUAGAGAAAUAUAUGUAAAAGAUGAAACUGGUAGGAUGAAAGUAAACUUCUGGAGCAAUUCUAAAGAUGAAUUCGAAUAUGAAAUCGAGAAUGUAAUUCAGUUCAAACAUAUAUUUGUAGACGUUUUUCAGAAUGAAAUGUUUUUGCAAAGACAUGAUUUAUCAGUUGUAGAAAAAUGCGAUGACAAUGCAUUGCAUAAUAGUCUUUUGAAGCUUCUAGACGGUGAAGAUCCAGAUGAACUUUCCUAUAAACGGACAUCGCUAGCUGAAAUUAAAUGUGUAAGGGAAAGUCGUAAGAAAAUAAUCAUCGAAUCUGCUGUAUUGACAAAAUUUGCAAAAGAAGAAGAAAUGAUAUACAUGCAAUGUAUAGUUAAAGGGCAUGGGCCACUUUUUAAAAAAAAUAAGAAAGGCGGGAAGUAUUUUUGCAAUGAGUGCAAGAAAAAUUAUGUGACUGGGGAGAAAGUCACACGUAUAAAAGCUCAGUUCAACGAUGGCUCAUCAUCCACCUGGGCCACUCUGUAUACUGAAUCGUCAAGGUUAGUACUAGGAGAUUAUUUUCAAAUAUUUCAUAAGAUGAAUAUCAAGAAAGAAGAGUGCUUUUCAAUUCUAAGGCAAAUAGAACGAGAGAAGAGAAAAUACAAACUUUUUCUAAGCAUAAGACAUUUUGAAGUCGAAAAUGUUUUAGACCACACUGUAACUGUCAAAAGUCUGCGUAAAUGUGAUACUUGAGUAUAUUAUCGUCAAAUUAUGGAGUGUAAAUAUCAGCAACUAUUGAAAUAUUUAAACAUAAAACAGAACCUUAAAGGCUUUAUAUAGUUAAUUCCGCAAACCUUACUUUAGGGAUAUAUCUCUUUGUAUAGAAAGCUUGUUUAAUGCUAAUGAUAGUUCUGAAAGGUACCAGGAUUAUAAUUUAGUACGCCAGUUGCGCGUUUCACCUACAUUAAGACUCACUAGAGAAGCUCAAAUUAAAUAAGUUAUAUGGCCAAACAAGUACAAAGUUGAGUGGCAUUGAACACCCAAAAUUCCAAAAAAUUUGUGCCAAAAACGGCUAAAGUUAUCUAUUCCUGCGUUUGAAAAUCCUCAGUUUUUUCGAAAAAUUUAAAAUUUGGUAACAGAAAAUUUAUAAGAAAAGAGCAUGAUUGCUCUGAGGGAUACGAUUACAAUUGUUUUCAUUGAUACAUGAAAUUUUCAUUUAUAUGUUAAAAGGGGGAUAACUCUUAAUGUUUAUUAUGUGUAUGCAGCUGUUAGUCCCCAGUGUUUCCAAUGUAAUAUUUCUAUUUUCGUAUUAUACAUUAGUUUUAAUAAAUAGUUUUAUUAGCACUGUAUCUUUAUUUAGACUGAGGAUACAUAUAUUCUGCAUUGAAAAACAACACAUUAAUAGCUAGUUACUUAUCACACUACUGGAUGUCAAAGGAGAUGCAAGGUAUACAUCAGUGAGAUAGUACUGUCUUGGAAAUUUAAGACUUUAUUAAGGUCAAAUACAGUCUUCAACAAUAAGGUUUUUCGAUCUCUGUCAACUUAAAGGAUGAAUAUAAACUUUCAACUAUUUGGAUAAUUGAUGUUUAAAUUAUAUAAAGGAUUAAUUCAGUUUUAGUCAAAAGUUAUGGUUUCCCCAUUUGUGUCUGUCGAUCAUAUUAGCCUCAUUUUCAAAUUAGUUUGAGAUAUACGUCAUCUAUUUUGCCUGCUUUCAGGGCAAUAGCAGUGCCCUUUUUAACAUCAGAUAUUUUCAGACGUUUUGAUUGAGUUUUCAUAUUUUAAAUUUCCGCCACCAUCCCCAAUUAUGUCUUUUUGUUGCCAGUGCCUCUGGAGACUAUAUAUAUGUAGUAGGCAUUACUAAUUGUUGUAUAUACAUGUACUUAUAGCUGUAAUUUUAUGACCAUGAAUUUUUUGUAUUCAUGUUUUUUCUUAAUUUAUUUUGAUAUUUUAUACUGAACAUUAUUCUCUACCCAUGCUGACGUAUGAGUUUCUUUUAUACUACUCAAGCUGAUGUUUGGGUUUCUUUUAUAAUUUUUCUCACGCUUAUGUGUAUGCAGCUGUUAGU